CCGAAGCGUGAGUGCAUUUCCAUCCACGUGGGCCAAGCUGGGGUGCAGAUCGGUAACUCUUGUUGGGAGCUGUACUGCCUGGAACAUGGGAUCCAGCCUGACGGCCAGAUGCCAAGCGAUAAAACAGUGGCCGGCGGAGAUGACUCCUGUAACACCUUCUUCAGUGAAACUGGCGCAGGGAAGCACGUCCCAAGGGCUAUUUUCGUCGAUCUUGAGCCAACCGUCGUUGAUGAAGUCCGCAAGGGAACCUACCGUCAGCUGUUCCACCCAGAGCAGUUGAUCACUGGCAAGGAGGAUGCUGCCAACAACUACGCUCGUGGCCACUAUACCAUUGGCAAAGAGAUUGUAGAUAUAGCAGUGGACAGAGUUCGCAAGCUGUCAGACCAGUGCACCGGACUACAUGGUUUUCUCAUCUUCCAUAGUUUUGGUGGUGGAACUGGCUCUGGCUUUGCCUCGUUGUUAAUGGAAAGACUCUCAGUGGACUACGGAAAAAAAUCAAAGCUUGAAUUUGUCAUCUAUCCUGCAGCUCAGGUUUCAACAGCAAUGGUAGAACCUUACAACAGCAUUCUAACCACCCAUGCCAACCUUGAGCAUUCUGACUGUACCUUUAUGGUAGACAAUGAGGCAAUCUAUGACAUAUUUCGACGCAAUCUGGACAUUGAGCACCCCACCUACACCAACCUGAAUCGUCUCAUUGGCCAAAUUGUUUCCUCCAUCACUGCUUCACUACGAUUUGAUGGGGCUGUCAAUGUGGAUUUGACAGAGUUCCAGACUAACUUAGUGCCCUACCCACGUAUCCACUUCCCCUUGGUCACUUAUGCUCCUGUUAUCUCUGCAGAGAAGGCCUACCAUGACCAGCUUUCUGUGGUAGAGAUUACCAAUGCCUGCUUUGAGCCUGCUAACCAGAUGGUAAAAUGUGAUCUCCGGCAUGGAAAAUACAUGGCUUGUUGCAUGCUUUACCGUGGAUAUGUGGGGCCUAGGGAUGUAAAUCAGGCCAUUGCUACGAUCAAGACCAAGCGUAACAUCCAGUUUGUGGACUGGUGUCCCAGUAAUUUCAAGGUGGGUAUCAACUACCAACCUCCCACUGUAGUACCCGGUGGAGACCUUGCCAAAGUGAAGAGGGCUGUGUGCAUGCUUAGCAACACCACUGCAAUUGCAGAGGCCUGGGCGAGAUUGGAUCACAAGUUUGACCUCAUGUAUGCCAAACGAGCGUUUGUGCAUUGGUAUGUUGGUGAGGGUAUGGAAGAGGGAGAGUUUACAGAGGCCCGUGAAGAUUUGGCUGCUCUGGAGAAGGACUAUGAUGAAGUGGGAGUUGAUUUUGUGGAGGGCGAGGCAGAGGAGGGAGAAGAGUGA